AUAAACAAGCCCACCAUAUUAUAACCUCUCCCUCCCUCUCUCUCUCUCUCUCUAGCUAUAUAUAUAUAUAUAUAUACACAGCAGAUACUAUACAAUAUUUGUGAAGCUUAAUUUUGUAUAGAUCAUCCUCCAUUACAAACACACAAGAACUGAAUUAUUAAUUUGCAUGUAUAAUAUAUAUGGGAAUGGAUAACUUUCUGAUGGGGGCUUUUUCACUGGCUGAGAGGUGAGCUGAAGAAAUCCAUAUCCGCCACUACCACCCAAAAAAAUACCUAUCAGCUCAUAUGAAUGGGAAAUGAAAAACUUCUCGGCUCACUCCAAUAUUAUUCAGCCAAACCCAGAAACAGAACAAGAAGGAAAACAAGAAAAAGGACAACACGAUGAUGAAGAAGAAGGCAGCGGAGCCAGGUGCGACUGGGACUUCACCCUCUCCACCAUUGUCUCAUCAAGCAGUUCCACCUGCGACACCCUCGGCGCCAUCGAAUUCGACCCCUCCGGCAACCUCCUGGCCACCGGCGGGAUUGCCAGGAAGAUUAGGGUUUAUAGUUUCAAUUCACUGUUGCCCCAUGGAAAAAGUACUGAAGUCAGUUUGUUGGAUCACAACAGUGCCUGUGAUUACUGUAUCUGUACUCCCGCCAAGCUGAGCAGCCUGAAAUGGCGGCCCUGUUCGGAUGGGCGGGUCAUCGGGUCCGGCGACUACGACGGCGUGGUCAUGGAAUAUGAUCUGGAACGCAGAGUGCCCAUCUUCGAGCGCGACGAGCACGGCGGGCGGCGGGUCUGGAGCGUUGGCUAUUCGCAUUGGGACCCUGUCGUGGGGGCAUCCGGUGCGGACGAUGGCACCGUGCAAAUGUGGGACCCGCGCUGCGACGGCGACAAGUGUGUGGGCGCUGUCCAGCCCAGCGCGGCAGGCAGCUCGGUCUGUUGCGUGGAGUUCAAUCCAUUCGGCGGCGAUCUAAUAGCUGUCGGAUGCGCCGACCGUAGAGCGUACGGCUACGAUGUGAGGAAAAUGCAGGACCCGGUUCUGGUCCUCGAUGGGCACUCCAAAACAGUGACGUACGUCCGAUUUCUCGAUCAUCGGACGGUGGUGACGUCGGGUGCAGAUGGGUGCUUGAAGCUGUGGAGCACGGAGGAUCAGAACCUGGUCAGAACGUACAAAGGCCAUUUGAACUCGAAGAGAUUUGUGGGUUUAUCGGUUUGGAAGCACGGAGAAGAUGGAGGGCUGAUCGGCUGUGGUUCGGAGAGCAACCAAGUAUUUGUGUACGAUAAGAGGUGGGGCGAGCCCAUUUGGGUGCAUGGCUUCCAGGAGGCCGCUCAGCCGGGGUUCGUCAGCGGCCUGUGCUGGCGGCGGGUGGGGGAGGACCACUCUGCUCUCGUCGCCGGCGGAUCAGAUGGGGUUUUGCAGGUGUAUGAGGUUUCCGCGAAAGAAUGCUAGCUAGAUACUCAUAAUUAAUUAAGGUGACACAUUUUUCAAUAUUUUCAUUUUCUUUUUCUAUAUUUGCCAUUUCAUUUUGAAGCAAAAUGACAAAGGGUGGGCAACAACACUGCGCCAAGCCAAUUCGUUUGAUUAA